AUGGGUCGCCCGAAAUCCGCGGAACACGUAGGUGCAGCGGUGCCUAAGGAUGCUCCCCCGCCGUACACAGAGGCCACAGGCCAGUCCAGUGCAGCAACACCACAGCAAGGCCCUCCGGCGCAUCAACCAUCAGCACAGCACCCAGGCCCUCAAGGCCCGGCGCAAGCCCAGGUCGCCCGCCAGUUCCCGCCCGCCUUCUCGGUGUAUCGCGAUUCGGCGUGGGGACGGACGUACAUGCUCGGUGAACACCAAGCGACACCGCUCUAUGCCAUUACCCUGCACACCGGCUGGUCGGGCCAGCCAGACGUGGUGCUGCACGGCAGCAGUAGUGAAAACGCACCCCCGCUGGCCGGCGUGGAGACCACCGCCUUCAGCCGGGCCGCCACAGUGAGCCUUCCUCCCCUGCCUGGAUCUGGUCGUUCGGUGGCGGAAGAGCCCAUGGCUUUCUCCGGCUUCGGCAACGGCACCCACUCUUUCACCAUUGAGGUGGGCAACACGGGUACGACGGGGCGCCGCGAGUCGUUCGAGUGGCGGCACAGUCACGGCGCAGAAGUCGACCAGCUCGGUGGCAGGGGGUCAGGAUGGAAGCUUGUACGGCUGGCCUCUGAUGCACCAGAGGGUGUGGGCGGCGGCUCCCACUUCGUAGGCGGAGGACCCCAGUCCAGCGAUGGCAAAGAAGUCGUCGCCGUCUGGGCUAAUGCGCGGACGAGCUUGUCCAAGAUUUUAAACUUCCGAUUCUUCGGGAGCGGCGUCACCGGGGUCAUGGGGGAGCGCUGGGCCAUCAUGGCUGUCAUCACGGCGUUGAGGAUAUGGGACAAGGAGAGAAAAUCGAGGCAGAACAGCAGCGCUUGA